AUGGAACAACAUUUGCUUCCCUAUAGCUAUGCAUGCGCUAGUAUUGUAUUGCUUAUAUGCAUUCGUCUCUGUUAUGAUCUGUUGCUGAAGCCUCAAAGGCUUCGAUUAAAGCUUCGAAGGCAAGGGAUUGAUGGUCCCAAACCUUCCUUUAUGAUGGGUAACAUUCCUGAAAUAAAGCACAUGAAAUCGAUGGUCAAGCUUUCGGAGUUUUCAAGCGAUAAAUGGGAACAACCUCCACCACUCGACACUUCUUCCAUUCUCUUCCCACAUUUCAAUCAGUGGACUAAGCAAUAUGAUCCUUAUCUGGUGAAAGAAAUAAACCAAUGCAAGUCACUGGACUUGGGGAAGCCUGCGUAUCUACAGAAGGACAGGGGACCUUUAUUAGGCAAGGGCCUAAUUACCACCAACCGUGGAGUUUGGUCACAUCAGAGAAAAACCAUAGCCCCUCAGCUCUACAUGGACAAGGUUAAGGAUAUGUUGAAUAUAGUGGUGGAGUCUGCAAGCACAUUGGUGAAAUCAUGGGAGAGUGUGGUUGAAAGUGAGGGUGGUACUGCAGACAUAAAAGUGGAUGAUUAUGUGAGAGAAUUCACAUCUCAUGUAUUCUCCAGAAUUACGUUUGGGAGCAAUUAUUCUAUCGGGGCUGAAUUACUUCCGAAGUGUAGAGCACUUAUCAAGGCCUCAGAAUCACCCACCAUUCUCAAUGGGCUUCCUUUCUAUAGAUAUCUUCCAACCAAGAAAAAUAGAGAUUUGUGGAGACUAGAGAAAGAGGUUCACUCGAUGAUCAUAGAUACAACAAAGAAACUUAACGGAGCUGUGGCCGACGACAUGAUACAAGUACUCAUGGAUGGUGCCAAGCGUGGUGAACUUGGGCCAUCGACACCUGAAAAAUUUAUAGUUGAUAAUUGCAAGGAUCUUUACCUUGCUGCAUUUGAGGUCACUGCCAUUGCCACAAUAUGGGGUUUAAUGUUAUUGGCUUCACAUCCCGAAUGGCAAGCUCGUGUUCGUGCUGAAAUUCUGGAAGUUUGUGGGGGAAAUAUGCCGGAUGGUGAAAAGCUUGGCAAGAUGAAAGUGCAGACAUAUUGUGUCAUACCAGGAAUAACUUUUUCAUUUUCCCUUGGGAGGGUACGAGUGUUGUAUGUGGCAGAUCCUUAUCUGGUGAAAGAAAUAAACCAAUGCAAGUCACUGGACUUGGGGAAGCCUGCGUAUCUACAGAAGGACAGGGGACCUUUAUUAGGCAAGGGCCUAAUUACCACCAACCGUGGAGUUUGGUCACAUCAGAGAAAAACCAUAGCCCCUCAGCUCUACAUGGACAAGGUUAAGGAUCUUUACCUUGCUGCAUUUGAGGUCACUGCCAUUGCCACAAUAUGGAGUUUAAUGUUAUUGGCUUCACAUCCCGAAUGGCAAGCUCGUGUUCGUGCUGAAAUUCUGGAAGUUUGUGGGGGAAAUAUGCCGGAUGGUGAAAAGCUUGGCAAGAUGAAAGUGGUACGUGCCAGAACAACAUGA